GAAAUGAUUGGUUCCUACAUUACAUAUUUCGUGAGCGCUAUUAAUAAUAUUCCCCCUCGAAUUACAAAUGCACAAAAUAAUUCUGUGCUCACUCCUAGGGACAUACUCAGUGAGUCUUCUUCAUAUGCAGGACCUGUCAAAACAGGCAUACCUGCAGUAAAAAAAACAAUAGAGUUAAAUAUACAUAGCAUCACACACAGAACAGCUGGUUUUGUGGGUGUAAGUAAAACAUGUGCACUGCUGAGUAUUCCAAUUAUGUCUGGAAUUAUAUCGUAUAAACUCUCUCUAUAUUUUAUGGCACUAAGCAGAACAUUUGGUAUAGAUCACCAUAAAAGAAGCAAAGAGAAGAUACCAGAAUCAAUUGGAUUGUCGUCCGCCAUUUCCUUUGUGCUUUGUAUAUUUAUUCUUUCUUCAUUCUUUCCCAGCCACAAGGAGAGCCUUCUCAUAUUUUCCAAUACAAUCAUUCUGAACACUCUAAUGGGGUAUGUAGAUGAUACGGUGGAUCUAAGCUGGUCUUGCAAACUGCUAUUCCCAAUUAUUGCCACCUUUCCUUUGAUUAUAACGUACAGUGGAAGUACUUCAAUGGUUGUUCCAUUCUACGGUGUAUAUAACUUGGGAAAUAUUUUCUAUGCAUUGCUAAUUUUACUGGGAAUAUACUUUACAAAUGCUAUUAAUAUUCUGAGUGGGAUUAAUGGAGUAGAGUGUGGUCAAAUACUAGUAAUUAGCAGUAUGAUGUGCGUUGAUAGGUGUGCAUUCCCAGAUGACAAGAGUACAUUAAGCGCACUUCUCUGCCUAUCACUAUUUACAUCUUCUUAUGGAUUAUUUAUGUGGAACAAGUAUCCAUCUAAAUGCUUUGUUGGUGAUGUAUUCUGUUACUUCUCAGGAUCAGCUCUUCUAUGCAUUGGGUUAUUCGGAGGAUUUAUGAAAACUCUUUUCCUGUUUCUUAUUCCACAGUUGUUUAAUUUUGUGUUAAGUACGCCACAGAUGUUUAAAAUACUCCCAUGCCCCAGACAUCGAAUGCCCUCUGUAAAGCAUUUGGAUGGGCCAGAAAGUAUUACAGUUCUUGUUCCCUCAACCAUGCAGUGCAAGAAGACUUACAUUGCCACGGGAUAUUUGCGCCGGGCAAUAGUAAGAGUAUAUAAAUUCUUCAAUCUUAUAUCAUACACUGAAAAUGAAGAGACCAUUGAAAUCAGUAAUUUUACUAUUCUAAAUGUUAUUUUAGUAUGGUGUGGCCCUAUGCAAGAGAAAACUCUCUUUUUUAUAUAUUCAGCUAUUCAGGCCGCAGUAUGCACAUUUGUUAUACUAAUUAAAUUAUACUUUGCCCCAAAUGAGUCCGAGUAAUCAGUACUAACUAAAAAUACUUUAAGUUGUCUAUAAAACAAGAUUGAGCAACUGUGCAAUAGAUUUUAAGUCUAAAGCAUAUUCCUGCAUGAAAUUAAUAAACACAGAAUAGUUGUGUAUUCUUAAUAAAACAGUUAUAUUUACA